CACAGGAGAAAUGUCAAUUUUCCUUUUCAGUUACUUUACUUUAUUUCUAAUUCUGUAUUUCUAUACGUGGAGAGCCAAAUGAGACACUCUGCCACCUUUUCCAAUACUUUCAGUAAUCUCUUAACCUUUUUUUCCUCUGCUACCGAUGCAGUGCACUGUGUGAAGCUUUUUCUACUAUGGGAUACACAUCCUAUGAAGCUCUGACGGUGCGUUCUUGGUUUCGAUGCGUUUUGCAAAUGUUCAUAGAUCAACCGAGUGCUUCGCUGGCCAAGACAGAUGCUGAGCGAACAGUUGGGAAAGCCUAUAUGGAACAGCUUACUGAAAUGACAAGACUGAUUUUUAAACUCAAAGAAGUAGAAAGCAUUCUCUCAAAGGCUCGUGUUGAAGAACCAGUUUUAAAGCAAGAUCCUAAAAAUGCUCUUGUCCAAUUCAUUAAGGCUGUUGGUCGAACUUACAGUGGCCUUCAGACGCUCCCUGAAAAAUCUGCCAUGGUACUAAAAGCCCUGGAGUAUUUAGGUGAUGUAUUAAAGUAUGUAAAACCUUAUCUGAAGGCAAAAGGGCCUCCAGAAGGUCUGCAACUUGCAUAUUGGAUCAUAGGAUGUCUUGUAAAAUUCUGGGCACCAAUACUGGGCACUUCCAAAGCACAGCAACUCCUGUUCCGCAUCGUAGAUUGCUUGCUGCUGCCUCACUCAGUGCUGCAGCAGGACAAAGAGCUGCCUGGGGCUUUACUGUCUGCCAUUCAGGAAAGCCUACACCUUUAUCUUCAGGUAAAUAUGUGAAGUCUAUUAUCAGCU